UCAAAGCCUCGAUUUCAGAUGCAAAAUAAACCAGCUGGAUCGAGUGUCAUUCCUUCGCAAUAGUAGUCCAGCUGCCUCAAAAUUGCCAAUUUUAGGCGUUUGUGGCUUCGCCGAUGGAAGAAUCUAACAGUAGUCAACCGCCACGCUGUCCGUGUGGUUUUUGGGGUUCUGCCAAAACACUCGGAUUGUGCUCCAAAUGUUUUCAAGAUAGAGAAAAAGCAAAAAAUGCACGGGAUGCAGGUGGAAGCGGGACGAAAAUCCCUUGUAGUAGUAGUUUAUUUCCUUUUGCAGAGAUAAUGAGACAACAGAAAGGUAACCAAGCCAGCUCAUCGAAAGCAACAGCUAUGGAUUCACAAGGAGCCCGGGCAGAUCCAACAAAACUUCCAAGUUCUUUAGCUAAAGAUCGGCCUGUAAAUAGAGAUGUUAAGGACAAUCAAUCCAUAAUAAUGUCUAGUGAUAGUAAAAACAGUGCUUUAUGUUCGGCUUUAGAACAACCGUCGGAAUCACUUCCCCGUAAAGACAUUACACAAAUAGUUGGAUCAAAUAGUCCCACAAAUAACGGAGAAGUCUCUAUAGGGGAUGUAGCUGGAGCUAGCGCCCUAUCCACUGUUCUUACAGAUGAAAAUGAUGGAGAACGAGGAACUAAAAGGGACUGUAGUGUAUUGGAUGAAGAGGCUACUAGAAUUGUUCAGAAAAAUAAAAAGCGAUGUUAUAUGUGUAGCUGUAAACUAGAACUUGCUCAGAGAGAAAUUGGUCGAUGCAGAUGUGGAUUAAUAUUCUGUUCGUUACAUAGAUUACCCGAACAACAUAAAUGUGAAUUUGACCAUAAAGAAGAUGGCCGACAAGCAGCGCGUAUGAAAAUGAUUAAGCCAACCCGCCAUGUUGGUACAACACAAAAAAGGAUAGAUUCAGAUAAAUCUUGAUGAUUAGAGUUUAUAAACAACAAAAGAUUUCUUAUACAUAGAAAAAAUAACAAACUAUAUAGAGUUCAAAACCAUCAACUUAGAGAGGGGACAUAAAAUUUUGAAAUAUUUUAUUCCUCCAAAGGUACAAUAAACUUGCGUUGUUUCUUUCAUAUAAUAUAUAUAUAUAUUAAUAAACAAACAAACUCUGCACACUAGCGUUUGUGCAAACAAUAACGAUAUAUAUAUGGAGUCAAAGUUUGAUUUUGAAUUGGAAAAUAAUUACUUUUAAAAUGGAUGUAGCAUAUCUGAAAAUGAAAAAAUGAUAAAAAUAACCAAAAAAAAAUGAAUAAAAAUUAAUUAUCAUGUGUAGCAAUUAUUUUCAUUGCUGCUGCAAUUCAUCAAGAUUAUUUUUCAUCUACCUCGCGAAGCGACAAGAGUUAUACAGUGUUAUCCUGUAAGCAGUUGGUUGUCUCCCCCUGUUUUCAAAGGGAGAUAAGUGAGGUGUAAAAAUGAACCAGGAUUUCAUCUUUAUAAAUGAGUGACAAAUGUUAUUAUGUAUGGAUGUAUGCUAGAAGAUGUGUUCCUAAUGGUUAUAACUGUACAUUGAUCAUGUACUAUAGCUUCUUAAAUGUGUGUGACAAUAUACUUCGGAUUUUCACGAAAUUUAUCGAUUAUUUUAAUUAUUCUAUGACAAUGGAAUUAUUUGUUGUAGGUUUUACUUUUGAAUUUUGUGUAAUAUAUUAAUAUAUAUAGCUUUUUUUUUUCUCCUCCCUUAUGUAAUAUGUCAUGGAUUUAAACAAAAUGUAUCUUUAUUUACAUUAUACAUAAAUAUAUAUCUAUCAAUAUAUAUAUAUAUAUAUACCUUAUAUAUAUAUAUCAGUAUUUUCACUUCUGUCUAGUGAAAGGAAAUGUACAAUAAAGCAAUGAGUGAGCUAUCGUCGUGGUUACAGGCUUGUUAUAGAUAGGUUAUAGAUAUGAAUGACAAGUUUGUCACUGGUAAAUAUAUUAUAUUCUCAGCGAAACAUUUCCAGGUUUCUCAGUUGGGCUACUUUAUCCGCCAGAUGAUAUCUACCAAGAGAUGUACCAAUCAGUCAAUUUGCAUGUCAGAAAAUUCAAAUAUUCAUUUAAAAAUAGCCGUUUGGGAAAAUUGUUAUUCGAAGUACCCUGUCAUCAUCAUAUUCACACAAACCUUAACUAAAAUAUAUUAAUAGUAUCCUGCCUUUACAUUGGCUUAGAGAUGAAAUUUUUAGGACAAAUUGAGCUCUUGGCCAAUGAAAAAGCUGAACGCUUAAGGUAUUUUAGUUUUCGCAAAUAAGGCCUUGGGGCUAGUAGGUCUAAUAAUCCCAGACAAUUGGUCUUGUUUCUUAUUCAAUAAGUUAGAAAUGUUACAAAUGAAACAGUCCAAUAUCAAUCUAAAGUGAUCUAAAUAUUUGAGAUCGUCAUUGCUACAUUGUACGUAAUUUAUUAGGAUUGUGAGAAACCACUACAAGUUCAAGCCACAAGAGGGAGUCAGGAUUUGUGCUGCUAACUUCAGUAGAAAAUCUGAGUGAAAUGCUUAUUAAAACAUUUGUCUGUUAGUUGAUUUUGUUAUUCUACAGAAGUGAACUGUGUGGGCUAGGCUUGUGAAUGAUGUGAAGUGCAAUUAUCCAACCAAUCACAGCUCUUGUUACAAAUCAAUGCAACUCGUUGAAACCUGCAAUAAUACAUGAUGUAACAUGACACCUUGACCGCAUUAGCCAUCUUUGUUCUACUACAGAAAUCAACUGAUGUAAAGCUCACUUAUUGCAUCAAUCAGGGUACUUGUUAUAAGUUCGUUGACUCAACCUUCCACGCUGUGUUAAAAUUCUGAUGCUUCAUUAAUCUGUAAAAAUAUUUAUAAGCUUAGGUCAACCAUGGGGUCACGAUUAUAUGCCGCAAAAUGUUGAUACUGAAGCAUGAUAUGAUUUACUAUUCUGUUUUAUUCCGCAACUAUAUUGCCAUUUUGACAUGUACAUAACCUUCUUCCCUUGCAUGUAGCAUGGUCCUUUAUUCAAUUGUCACAAGUUAGAUUUGAUAUUAGCUUACUGGGGAUGGUGAAACGUUUUGAAAAAUACAAAAAAAGAAAAAUGGAGAAAAAAAAAAUGAUAAAAUAUUUCAUCUUUGAACAGGUGUGAUUAUAUAAAAUGGGGGUUAUUAUUACUGGCAGAAAUUAGUGGUUUGAUAAAAUUUAAAGAUGCAUUAUGUUAGAGCUACAUCUGCCUAUUGCAGUUCUUUUAUAUAAAUUAUAAUUUAUACAUUUGUUUUCAUGGCAAGCCUCAACUCUCUAGAUAAUAGCAUGGCUUAGAUAUUUAAAGGGACAAUAACACUCUUGCUGGCUUGACAGCUCCAGAAAAUAAAAAAUAGCCUUAUCCUAAGUACUACUAGAUGUGUUAGUGUCCUACCUAUUGUGUAAAUUAUCCAUUAAAUCCUAUUUUACUUGUCCAAAGGGUUCAAAAAUAUUUUUAAAUCCAAGUCACAUUUGAAAAGCUUUACGUCAGUCUUUUCAAAUCAUUUAGUUGAAUUUUUCCAAUUUUUUAUAUUAGGUGUGUUAAGAUGAAAUUUGUAUCAUCAAUUAAUUGAAAUAUUGUAAAAUAGUACAAUUUGUUGACCAGAAUAAAGAUUGGGACAUAUUAUUCAGUUACAACAAGAGUGGUAUUGAGCCUUUAAUGAAUAAGAACCCUGUACCAUUUAAUUAAUGUUAAAAUGGAUAAUCAAGACCUUGUCUGUCAACCAAGACUAUCUUAUCAAAUCUUUGAACACUCAUAACUUCGCUCAGAAUAAAGUAAUUUGACUGAAAUUUUCAAUAUAUUCAUAUAUCAUUAUCUAUUUUGAACUACAAUAGUAAAAACAGUCAGCUCUGUAUCUAAAUCUUACAUAAUGCAUCUUUAACAGAUUUACAGAGGUUUUACCACUGUAACAAUAUUUUUAUCAAUUUUAUACAUGAUUUGACUAUGCAAAUAUAUUGAGAUUAAUCCCACUGAUCCUUUAUCAAGAUCUGACAUUUAUAGUUCAAAUAGUUCAAGAGCCUAAUACUAACUAUUCAUGAAAAUUUAUUAAGAUUCGGUGAAGAAUUCAACACUGUAAAGUGAUUAAGAAGAGCAUGCACACUUGUAUCAGUCCGAGCUCAUAAUUCCUAAUUUAAGAAUGUCACACACUCCUUAUUGAAUUGAAUAUUGUCUGAAAAAUGUAAAUGGCCUUCGGCAACCCCACAUGCAAACUGAAAAAUUUGUAUUUAUCGGGAGACUGUCAGAUAAUUACACGUUAGCAAGGAUCUUUCACCCUGAGUUUUAUUGGCUGAAAUAUAUACGAGACUUCUCCUAUAAGCAGAUGUUAGGUAAUUUGUGGGCAUUUUGUAUCAUUUCCUUUGUUUUAUUUAUGAAAGAAAAAUAUGAUUGGCACUGAAAAUAUAUUGUUUAAAUUAUAAAUAUUAUUUCUUUUGUUAUUUUUUUUUUUGUGUGUGACUUGAAGCUUGAAAAGGCAAGGAACUUCGCAGACAAUUGGAAUUUGUGAAGAUUAAAUGUGACUACUGCAUUUUAUAGGGGAGAAAUAUAACUUCCAGCCCAUUCAGUGUAGAAUGUUAAACGCCAUUUGGAUGCCAUUCUAUCUAAUAUCCGUCAUUAGCCCAUAGCAGAACAGUAGGACGUUAAACCCCAUUUCAUUUCUAACAAAUAUUUCUGAUUCAUUGUGGAUCUACUUCAACAUGUUACAUUAUGGAUGCAUUAUGUGCGAGCUAAAUUUUCCAAUUGAGAUAUUUAUUAAAGAUACUUUAUGGGAGAUAUGAUAAAGAGAUGGCAGUUCUCGCUAUAAUAGUUAAAAACUAGAUAGUGUAAAGGUAAUUUGCUGAAAAUUUCAAUAUGAGCCGAGAAAGAAGCGGGUGAAAUUUUUGCACAGUCUCGGCCAUCAUUACAAAAAUCAUUAAUAUAAACAGCAUAGUCUCGAUUAUCCACUUUUUUUGAUUUAAUUAUCAAUGGCAUAUAGGAAUCUAAUCCAGCCAACAUCGAAGUCUAGCCUUGACAUCGAGAAUUUAUUAUGGUCUGGAUAAGUUAAUUAAUGUCUAAUUGAUAAUUUAGAAAACAUUUCAGGCCUAAAGAAAGACUUGUAAUAAGCAGAUUUUGCUCUUGCAUAAUGCAUGUUUAACAUGGCAAGUCUAUAAUAAACUCUCUAAACAAUCAGAUGACCGAGAGUUAAAUUUUGGCGAAAUUUAACGAUAAAAUGAACAAUCAGUUGUCAUGUAUGUUUGCUACGAUAAUGAACAAGCUACAUCUUCAACCACUCAUAACUUCGCUCAGAAUAAAGUAAUUUGAAUGAAAUUUUCAAUAUAUUCAUGUUACAUUAUCUCUUUUUGAACUAUUAUAGCAAGAACGAUCAGGCCCCGAAUUCACAAAGCAUUCUCAGACAUAAGUAUCACUGUUUAUGAGAAAUAUCUUUGUUCUAGAAACACAAAAAUUUGAACACAGUUUCUUAUUGAUGUAUUUGAUGCAUUAAAACAAAAGUUUUACAAAGGGCUAUAUUUUAGUUAAAAUAAGGCGAACAAUUUUAAGUAAAUUCUUAACUAAAGUCUGAGAAUGGUUUGUGAACUUGGGGCCAGCUCUUUAUCUAAAUCUUACAUAAUGCAUCUAUAAAUAUAAAAAUUGUUCUUCAUUUAUAGACCAUUUAGUGUUAGGGUUCCUGCUUUCCCCCAAUUUUAACAAGUGGCUAAUUUAUUACUGUCAUUUCUAGACAUUUUAAACACCUACCACAUCAUUGUUCUUAUUCAAUAUGGCAGAUUGCAGAAUUCCCCGUUGCAGAUAGUGUCGAAGACCCCUUGAUUUGAAAUGACCAAAUCAUUUUAUUCUAGGCAUAGAAACUCGGUGGGUUGUGGAGCCCUGGUAAAUUGGACAACUCAUGGAAAAUUUUGGGAUUUUUUGUGGGGUGCAUAUUUGAUUUUCUUUUGUGAUUAAAAGCUGUUUCGUUUGCUAGAAUAGAGAAAUUUCUGUAUCCCAAUAUGAAUUGUCGAACUUUAUAAAUCCUUUAGCACUUGGAUUGCCCCAAACAGCCCUAACCAGGUCUCCAUAGACCACUCCAAAUCACCAGAGUCAUGUGAACAGCUAUGACAACCCCAAGAAAUGGGGAAACAGUCGUAUAAUAUGGAGAGCUAUUCACAUAUCUUGGGUGGUUUGAAGCUGUCUAAGAACCAGUAGUUUGGGCAGUUUUGACCUGUCCUGGCAUGUACCCAUAAUAAUAUAUCCAUUUUACUCAAGUUUUUGUCAAGGUAUUGGGGUAGUCAAUAUUACCAUUUGCUAAAUCCUUAAACUACAUAAAAUAUUGUAAACAAAGACCCUGGUUGCUUAGGUCUAAAUAUUAAGGCCACCUGCAGAUUUCAUCAAGGUCACAAGGCGUAAACAUACUUAACCCUUACCCUAACCUGCAACCUCAACAAUCACAUGCCCUAACCCUAUUUACAUCUCAUGACCUUGAAGAAAUCUACAGAUGGCCUUAAUGUUUAGACCUGACCGACUGUGGUCAUAUUUAACAUUAAAGUUUGUAUCAGGGAUGCUGUUUCGCCCAUAUAUGUGAGCUGACAAAAGUCCAAUCAGGAAUAUACCCAAUUGGAUAUCAAGAUCUGUUGAAUUAAAUCCGAAAUUCCCCAAUAUAUUGACCACUUCUGGCGAUCUAAUUCUGGCCUCUGGUUAACCCCAACUAAACAUGGCGGACAUGCAAACAUUUUGAAACAGCAUCCCUGGUGUGUGUACAUAUAUAUAUAUUGCUGUGUAUUGCUUCAUCAAUCUUUGUAUUAAUCCAAAUAAAGAAAAUAUCUACAUAACGUAAACCCA